GGCAGCCUGCCUGCRCUCAGGGUUCACUASACCAUAGACAGGUGUGACUUMAUCUGAAUGAGGACUGAAUGAGAAUUACACAAACCAGCCUGUGUAGUUUAUCCUGAGCUCUGUGAGGUGUCAGCUGCCUCUCAGUCUUCUGUUCCACUCCACUCUCAGUCCAUUCAGAAGUUUAAAAUCUUUGUUGGCAACUUGAGAGAGCACUGUUCUGUUUGACCUGUUGUAUCUGUGAUGAUACAUUAGGGUAGCGUCUGCAUUGGAAUAGCAGCUAUGGAAAGAAGCAUGAAUUUUGACGAGAUUCUUUCUCAUAUCGGUGGCUUUGGCAAGUUCCAAAAGAUCUUGUAUGUGUGGAUUUGCCUCCCCCAGAUCCUGCUGGCGUUCCACAUGCUGAUAUCAGUCUUCACGGGGGCCGUCCCCCCUCAUCUCUGUCGCUCCAACAACACCACCUGGGCCUUGCCCGCCAGCUCAGACGCAUUCAACUUCAGCCUGGUUACGGGCCCAGACGGUGAACCUGACCUGUCCUGCUCUGCCCCUGGGGGGGUCCCUAGCACCCCGCUAGCCCAGCUGAAUCACAGCACUGCCCUGGUCCUUAGCGAUGAACACGUCACCGGGGUUUGUCAAGGGGGAUGGGAAUUCAGCAAAGAGACCUUCCACAGCACCGUGGCAACCGAGUGGGAUCUGGUGUGUGAUAAUGCCAAUCUGAACAACAUUGGUUCCUCAAUCUACAUGUUUGGUCUUCUGGUCGGCGCCGUGCUGUUUGGUUCCUUAGCUGAUAAGUUUGGACGCAGGAACAUUAUCCUGGUUGGUUUGACGAUCCAGUCAACCUUUGGGGUUGGUGCUGCUUUUGCCCCAAAUUUCUACAUUUAUGUCUUUCUGCGCUUUGUGGUUGGAACCACUAUUUCAGCUGUCAUCAUGAAUGCAUUUGUUUUAGGCACAGAGUGGACAGGAUCAAAGCACCGGAUGCUAGCUGGGAUCAUCACAGACUACUUCUUUGGAUUCGGCUACAUCACCCUGGCAGGCCUGGCCUACCUCAUCAGAGACUGGCGCAAGCUCCAGCUGGCCAUCUCAGCACCAGGCUUCCUCUUCAUCUUCUACAUCUGGGUCCUACCCAAGUCGGCUCGGUGGCUAAUGGCCAACCAGAGGAACGAGGAGGCCAUGGAUCUGAUCAGGAAAGCUGCUCUGAUGAACGGCAAACCCCUGCAGGAGGACACUCUUGUUAUUUUUCAGGGGUACAACAAUAUGGUGAAGAUGGAGGAGAGGAAAAAGGACACAGUCAUUGACCUGGUCCGUACGCCAAAAAUGAGGAGGAAUUCAUGUAUCAUGUUUUACCUGUGGUUUGUCAACGUGCUGGUCUACUACGGCCUGUCCCUGAACAUCUCUGACUUUGGGAUGAACAUCUACCUGACCCAGCUGAUCUUUGGCCUGGUGGAGAUGCCCGCCAGGACCAUCACCCUCUUUACCCUGAACCGCUCCAGGAGGAUAUCCCAGCUAGUCUUCCUCGCUGUGGGAGGCCUGGCCUGCCUGCUAACCAUCUUCAUUCCUGAUGAUCUCUCCAUUAUUAGAACUGUCCUGGCUAUGGUGGGGAAGUUUGGGAUCACCGCCUCCUUGUCCAUCGUCUACGUCUACUCAGCAGAGGUCUUCCCUACUGUCAUAAGGCAGAGUGGAAUUGGUAUGGGCUCCAUGUGUGCCAGGGCAGGGGGAGUCCUGGCUCCCAUCAUCUACCUGCUGAGGGGUGUCAGUAAGAAUGCUCCCAUGGUGCUGUUUGGCCUGUGUACUCUGCUAGGUGCAGCCCUCACCCUGCUGCUGCCUGAGACAGCCCACCAGCCCCUGGCUGACACCAUUGAGGAUGUGGAGGGAUCCAGCAUCAGUGAGGAAUCAGAGGAAGGGAACAUGAAGCCAGCCCUCUAUGAGGAAUGUCCAACAAGGAACCCAGACAUCAUUAUCUGAAGAACCAGGAGUGGGACAAGGCACCAGUCCACUGAUACUUUGAGACCUGUGGUCCUGUCAUCUGGAGAACAUCUAAGGGAAAAUACCAUUCCUCCCAGGAACUCAACUGUGCGUUGUAAGAUAUCUGCUAAGAGUGUUUGAACAAAUGUGUAGCUUGUAAAGCUAUUUCCUAUUUUGUACAUAAGACAUUGAUGUCACUGAACUGACAUUUUAUACCAUUUUAUAUUUAAACAUUUUUCUUUUGUUUUGAAGAUAUGUACUAUAUAUUGAUGUUUUAUAGUGACUAUCAGUUCACAUUUAGAUUGAAGUACAUUAGUAACAGUUUAUUUAUGCAUCAAAUAUACAUUUAUCAGAUUCUGUAAAUACUGUCAAGGACACACCAUUGUUUGGUGCCAAUAGCCUUGUGCUCUUUUUAUCCACAUUUCUUUGAUGGUGCAUCCCUCUUCCUGAACUGGAACUCACUCCCAUCCUGUCUGUUAUCUAGUAGGUCUUCCUGAAUGCCUGUCUUAUCUGACUAGGCACCCCUACAGUACUGUUCAUACCUAACAGGUUCACCUUAAGAUGUUAGCUCAGUUUCAGCCAACGAAUGCCGUACUGUUCAUCAUGCAUUGUGAUUUUGUAUAAAGUGACCACACUGUGAACGAGCAUAGAUAACAACUUAUGCAAACUAUCACACAUAUGCAAGAUGAAUAGCUAAAUAUUUUUUUAUAUUUGAAGAUAGAAUUUUGUUUACUUGGUGGAUUCUGUACUAGACAUUCCUAACUCUCAAAUUAGAAGUGAAUGUGUUUGAAGUUGAUGUUGGUCUGUGAUCAUGAUGAGGUUUUUAAAAGUGUGCACUCUCCAGAACAGCAGGCUAUAGGACAACUGCUCCACAGAAUGCUUGUUAGAAAAUCAUGCUGAAAUACUAGCCAUCUGCUGGCAGCCUCCUACCAGCCAGGGUGUGAAAACAGCCACGGAAUCUCAAAUGCCCAUGUAAUGGAGUUAAGAACGUACCGUUCACUCCACAGCAAACUUGAAAUGUCAAGGAUGGAAUAAGAUAUUUUCCGGUGGAACGUUGUCAAGGAGGAUGGUGAUGUGUGUUGCGAAGCAGAGGAUCACUGGUUCAAGCCCAGUAUGGGGCAGUCAGACACUGGAGGAAGCUAAGCUGUUAGCAGCACACUGACCCCCGGUACAGCCAGUGUCAGCUCCAAGAUUACCCAGUUAAAGGUCUCUAUAGGGUCAGCAGAUGAGCUGUGGUAUCUGUAAAAAGCCCUUACACAAGACAAAGAUGCCCUUAUUCAAGACAAAGAUGGAUGGACUGAAUCAUAAACAGUUAUGAUAGUGUUGCUCCAAGUUAGGAAGCCCUCUCUUCAAACAUGAAGUUUACAUUCCACAUUUACAUUACAUUAUUAACAUUUCAGCUGAAGGCUUUCAUUCUGAGUGCUUACAGUCAGUAUAUAAAGUAUAUUAUAAACUGGGUGGUUCGAGCCCUGAAUGCUGAUUGUCUGACAGCCGUAGUAUAUCAGACCGU